CACCUGAGCGCGCAUUUCCUCUUCAGGUUCCUGUAAAAACACAAGCGCAGAAAACCCUGGCUGCAGUCAGUGUACGAUGUCUUUUCAGAGAUGUCAUGUGGACGGUGUUGUUGGAGGAUAGAGCUGAUCUUUCUGAUGUUAUUCAGCAGAAUGAGCGUGGCAUUAAACUGAGCAGCGUCUCUGUGAAGGACAGCGCUUGUGGACGGGAUGUUGGGAUUGCUCUGGUUCUGGCUGGGUUCUGUGCUCUCCGUCUCUGAGUUUGAUGUGUUAAGCUGCAGGAACUCCUCGGUCACGUUAAACGUGGUUCUGCUGGAGGAUGAAAACUCGCCCUGGAGUCUGAAGUUUGUGAAGGACACGGUGGAUAUGGCUGUUGAAGAGGAGAAUAAAAAAAACCAGGCCGAAAGUCUGGACUUCCAGAUCAAGGUGUUGUUCAGCGGCUUUAACACCACACAUUACCGGCGCCGGGGCUGUGGCAGCAGUACGUGCGAGGCCGUGGAGAUCCUCAAAUCGCUGCAUAACAGCAGUGAGCUCGGAUGCAUGAUGUUGGGUCCCUCCUGCACAUAUGCAACAUUUCAACUGGUGGAUCAGGAGGUGGGCUUGACCCUGACUAUCCCCAUCAUCUCAGCUGGCAGCUUCGGUCUCUCCUGCGACUACAAGGACAAACUGACCCGGCUGCUUCCCCCGGCGCGCAAAAUCUCCGAGUUCUUCGUCCAUUUCUGGAAUGUGUCCUUCACCAAUCUCAAACCUGCGUGGAAGACAGCGUACAUCUAUAAAAAACUGGACAACACGGAGGAAUGCUUCUGGUACAUCAAUGCUCUGGAGGCGCCGUCUGCUCUGUUUGCCACCAACAUAUCCAGAGAGAUGCUGAGGAGCCAAGAGGACCUGGAAGACAAGCUGAAAGCUCAGGACCGACACAGCAACAUUUUUGUCCUCUGUGGGACACCAGACGAUGUUCUGGCCAUUAAGAAAAACACCACCAUUCCUCCGCAUGUGGUCUUCGUCCUGAUCGACCUGUACAACGAUGGUUAUCACACCAACGAGUCCAGCUUCGAGCACAUGCGGGAUGUGCUGGUGGUCACCAUGGACAGCUUCAGAAACUACUCCAGACACACGUCCUGGAAGACGAAUACAACGGCGCUGAAUGAUUAUGUAGUGGCUUACCAUGACGCCGUGGUUCUCUUCGGAGAUAUGAUGAGACAAAGCCUGAAGGCGAUGAAACAGGGUCCAUCUAAUGGCAUCAUUAAACAGCCUUUCAGAAACAUGAGCUUCGAAGGUAUGGGAGGACACUAUGAAUUAGAUGCUAGUGGAGACCGAGACAUCAAUCUGUCUGUGGUUUAUACAACCAGCUCAAAGCAGUAUAAGACGCUGUUCUCCUUCAGCACGUCUCUGUACAUCACGUCGCUCAAUCACACACAUCCCGAUCUGGUGUGGGAAGGAUCGCAGCUGCCCAGAGAUAAACUCGCUCACGGGAUGGAGGCUCAGAACAUCAUCAUGAUUGUUCUUGGCAUCAGUGUGGUCAUGGCUACCGCCAUCGCUUUCAUCUUAUACAGACAGAACAGGAGGGUGCGUAUCGAUCAGAAGAAAUGGUCUCACAUCAAUCCAUCACUCAUCAUUCUUCUGGACGAUAAAGAGAGAAACCAGAUCAGUCUGACAAUCGAUGAGGAGAAGAAAGGUGACAACAGCGUCCUGAUACACAAGGGCCGAUACGACAAAAAGCCCGUCAUUCUGAAGGAGUUGAGAAACACAGAUGGAAACUUCUCUGAGGAACAACGCAUCGAGCUCAAUGCUUUGUUGCGUAUUGACUAUUAUAAUCUGACGAAGUUUUACGGGACAGCGAAGUUUGACUGUGGUGUUUUCGGGGUGUUUGAGUUCUGCGAGAGAGGAUCGCUGCGGUACGUGCUGAACGAUAAGAUCUCGUAUCCUGAUGAGAGUUUUAUGGAUCUGGAGUUUAAGAUCUCUGUCAUGUACGACAUCGCAAAGGGCAUGUCAUACCUGCACUCCAGUAAUGUUGGUGUUCACGGCCGGCUGAAAUCCACCAACUGUGUGGUGGACAAUCGGAUGGUGGUGAAGAUCACCGACUUCGGCUGCAACACCAUCCUCACGCCCGGGAAAGAUCUGUGGACGGCGCCGGAGCACAUGCGUGUUCAGGGGAUUUCUCAGAAAGGAGAUGUCUAUAGUUUUGCCAUCAUCUCGCAGGAGAUCAUUCUCAGGAAGAGCCCAUUUCACACGAGCUGCUGCUCCGAUACGGCAGAGAAAUUGUAUCGCGUUCAGUAUCCGCGAGGACCGAAUGUCUUCCGACCCGAUCUGAGUUUCGAGUCUGUUGGAGAAACCGAAGCAGAGCUGUUCGUGUUGAUCAAGAGCUGCUGGGAGGAAGAUCCAGAGAAGCGUCCGGACUUCAAGCGGAUCGAGGGUGCUCUGGGGAAGAUCUUUAGUAACCUUCACAACCAGGCCAAUGCCAGCUACAUGGACAACCUGAUCCGACGGCUCCAGAUGUACUCGAGGAACCUGGAGCACCUGGUGGAGGAGAGGACAGCUCUGUAUAAGGCCGAGAGAGACCGAGCCGACCAGCUCAACUUCAUGCUGUUGCCGGGUCCAGUGGUUCGGUCUCUGAAGGAAACGGGUCGUGUGGAGCCAGAGCUGUAUGACGAGGUCACCAUCUACUUCAGCGACAUUGUGUGCUUCACGACCCUCUGCCAUCACAGCACACCCAUGGAGGUGGUGGAUAUGCUGAAUGACAUCUACAAGAACUUCGACAGCAUUCUCGACCAUCAUGACGUCUAUAAGGUGGAGACCAUCGGUGAUGCAUACAUGGUCGCGUCUGGUCUGCCAAGACGCAACGGAAACAGACAUGCUGUGGAUAUUUGUCUCAUGGCUUUGGACAUCCUGGAGUUCAUGGGGACGUACCAGCUUAGACACCUGCCAGGAAUCCCACUGUGGAUCCGUAUUGGGAUCCAUUCAGGUCCAUGUGCGGCCGGUGUGGUGGGUAAUAAGAUGCCACGUUACUGUCUGUUUGGAGAUACAGUCAACACGGCAUCACGAAUGGAGUCUACAGGCCUGCCUCUGAGGAUUCAUGUGAGCGAGUCGACCAUCAAGAUCCUGGAGCGAACCGACUGUAAAUUUGAGUGUGAGCACCGAGGAGAAACACACCUGAAGGGUAAAGGGAAGGAGAUGACUUACUGGUUGACUGGAGUCACCGGCCAGAAAUACAGUCUGCCAAUACCACCAACAGCAGAGAACUUCCAUCGCCUGCAGCAGGAUCUGGCUGAGAGGAUCGUCUCCACGCUGGACAAACGCGGGAACGAGCGACGCAAAACUCUCUCGACUCGCCAGCGGCGAACACAGAGACACAGCAGCGACGGGCAGCCUGAAUACCUACACCUGAAUGACCCCACAACAUACCUGUAGAAAACACACUCACACACCUCUAUGUAUUUAACUGUAUUCCUAGCUCCUUAGAUUUGAUUGUUUAUUCUAUCAUUUAUUCAUUCUGAAUGUGUUUAUUGUAACAUGAAUGAUGUAUGAACUGCUUCUUACUCACAUAGUCAAUAAAAGAACAAACUGUA